UUGCCCCAGUUUGGAGCACCAUGAUGUUCCCGUGCAGCGCGCUGCCGCCGCCUCUCUACCCGGGCUUCCUGCGUCCUCCCGCGGCUCUCUCCGCGCCGCUCGGCCGUUCGCUGCCCUCCGGCUUCCUGGUGGAGGACCUGCUGCGGCUCGGCCAGCCUGUCGGCUGCAUCCACCGCGCCUUCUCCUCCGGGAGCCCCGGGGAGCUCAUCCAGCUCGGCCCGGGGCUGGGAGCUUCUGCUGGCCCGGAACCACCCAACCGAACCGGGUCGGACUCGGGAUACCUGAAGUUCGGCGUCAGUACCAUCCUGGCCCCGUCCACACGGAGCGUUCAGAGUCUUCAGUCGAAGUCGCUGCCGUUCUUUGACGGAAACCUUCAUCCUCUCAUCAGAGCCUCGUACCUCUCAGCCUGCUCCUCCUCCUCCUCCUCUUCCUCUGUGGUUCCAGUCCCAGGAACGUUUUCUUGGCCUCUGGCCCCCCGGGGGAAGCCCAGGAGGGGCAUGCUGCGGCGGGCCGUGUUCUCGGACCUCCAGAGGAAGGCGCUGGAGAGAACCUUCCAGAAACAGAAGUACAUCAGCAAACCAGACAGGAAGAAACUGGCUGGAAAACUGGGACUGAAGGACUCACAGGUGAAGAUCUGGUUUCAGAACCGCAGGAUGAAGUGGAGGAACUCCAAGGAGCGCGAGUUGCUUUCGACGGGCGGCUGCCGCCAGCAGACCCUCCCCACCAAAACCAACCCCCAUCCGGACCUGACCGACGUGGGCAGCACCUUCUGCAAGCGGCUGACCCGAACUGCAGCCGACAGCCAGGAGCCCCACCACCACCAUCAUCAUCAUCUUCACCACCAGAGCCCCUCCUCUCCGUCAGACCUGAGCAAACAGUCAGAGUCCGACGGUGAAGAAAUCACGGUUUCAUAAGGAGGAGUGACGUCAGAAGCUCCAACGUGCCUGAAUCUGCUGUGUAUAUAUCUGUAUUUACUCAUCGUGUUCCUGUACAGAUCCGUUUAUUGGCAGCUAAUUGAAGCUCACUGUGCUGCUCUAGAUUUAAUAUUUGUAGAUUGGAAAGUUUCAAACUUAAG